AUGUCAGCUUCGCCAGUGGAAGGAUCAGAUGAGUGGAAGGCUCAGGACAAAGGGCCAACCAUUGUUAUUGUCUGCUGGGUCGUCACGGCCAUCAGCACUUGCUUCGUUGUUGGCCGUGUCUAUGUAAGGGGGAAGAUAAUGAAGAAGUUCCAGAGUGAUGAUUGGUUCAUCAUUCUAGGUCAGUUCUGCGGCUACAUCUCAACGGCUCUAUCUACGAUCGCGGUGACCUACGGCAACGGGAGACACAUGUCCAUCUUAUCGACCGAGCAGCAGGAGGGUGCCAUCCUCUGGACUACAGCCGCCUUCUGCCCAGGAGUAAUAUCCUUUGGUCUCCCUAAAUUAGCUGUUGUCUCUUUGUUAGUUCGGUUGAUGAACCCCGACAGGUCGUUGUGGGACUUCUCUGUUAAAGGAACAUGGUUUGACGUCAAUAUACUGGUGGCAUAUUGCUCUUUCUCAGCUUUCGUCGAUGUUUAUCUUGCUGUUUAUCCGGCAAUAAUUCUGUUCGGCCUCCAAAUGGCCACCAGAAAGAAGAUCGCACUUUCAUGUGCGCUAGGUAUUGGUUCUAUUUCUGGUAUAGUUGCUAUCUACAAGACGACCCGUAUACCAUCUCUUGGAAGCAAAGAUUUCUCGUAUGAUACAUCUGAUCUCGUGAUCUGGACAGUCGUCGAGGGUAGCACAAUCAUAAUCGCUAGCUCGAUCCCCGUUAUGCAGCCUCUUCUCGAGCUUAUCCUGCGGCGCAAUCCCUUCAGCUCUACCAAGGACUCCAAGCAAACACUCAAAUAUUAUGAGGACUACAGCUCCCAGAGCAAGUCAAAACCGCGUAGCGGGGGCGGUAUUGAGCUUGGACAGCGCAAGCCAAAGGCCAAGCCCAAAGAUGAUCUAGGCAUCACCAUCCACCCCGCUGACGGAAAAAUUAUCCGGACCGACUUCGUGAGCAUUACGUACAAGGAACAAGGACCAGUCCGCGAUACUUCCGCUUCGAGCCGAUGGAGAGCCAUUUGA